AUACGUGUUAUUAAGUGCUUGUUAUUAAUAUAUGUGUAAAUUGUGUAAAUAUACUCAUUUUUAAUCCUCAGUGUUAAACUCGACGUCUAACGGGUAAAGAAUUACGCCGGGUUUAACAGACUAGCGCUAAGCUAACAUGGCUAAUGUAUCUAGCGUGUUUCAGCCAGUUUAAAAAAGCUUCUAUUUAAAACAACACAAACACCAAACAUUUCAGCGUGACUUAAAAAUAUGGACCGUCUCGCAUCUUUUGGAAGUGACCCCUUUGACAAGCCUCCUUGUCGGGGAUGUUCUUCAUAUUUGGUUGAGCCCUACAUAAAGUGUGCUGAAUGCGGACCCACAGAUUUCGUCCUCUGCCUCCAGUGUUUCACUAGAGGCUAUGAGUAUAAAAAGCACCAGAGUGACCACAAAUAUGAGAUCAUGACAUCUGAUUUUCCUGUACUGGAGCCUGGCUGGACAGCUCAAGAGGAAAUGGCGCUUCUCGAGGCUGUCAUGGACUGUGGCUUUGGAAAUUGGCAGGACGUGGCCUACCAAAUGCGCACAAAGAUCAAGGAAGAAUGUGAAGCACACUACAUGAAGCACUUCAUCAACAAUCCUCUCUUCUCCUCCACUUUGCUCAGUUUGAGGCAGGUGGAGGAAGCUCGCAUGGCUGACACUGCCAUUACAUUCAAACCCACCGACGAUCCUCCUAGGCCUUCGUUUGACUCUCAGCUUUCCAGAGACAUGGCUGGCUAUAUGCCUGCUCGAGCAGACUUCAUGGAGGAAUUUGAUAAUUACGCAGAAUGGGAUUUGAAAGACAUUGAUUUUGUUGAUGACGACUCAGACAUUCUUCAUGCUCUCAAAAUUGCAGUUGUGGACAUUUACCAUUCCAGAUUAAGAGAGAGACAGCGAAGAAAAAAGAUCAUUCGGGAUCAUGGACUCAUAAACCUAUGCAAAUUUCAGAUUCUGGAAAGGCGCUAUCCCAAGGAGGUGCAGGACCUGCAUGAUGCCAUGAGGCGCUUCGCCAGGGUGGUUGGGCCACUAGAGCAUGAUAAGUUCAUUGAAAGCCAUGCUCUGGAGUUUGAGUUGAGGAAGGAGAUUCGCAGACUGCAGGAGUACAGAAAAGAAGGAAUCCAGACGUUCUGUGGUGCUAAGGUUUACGAGCAGGUGAAGCGAGCGCGAGAGGACGAGAGAAAUAAGAGGAACAUGAUGUGUGAAGUUCUUCAGUACGUCCCGGAUGACCGAGCCUGCCAGCAGUGGCUCCACAAACUAGCUGCCAUUGAUGCGGGCAUUUCUGUAGUCACAACCAUUACUACCUCAGGCAGAAGAAGUGCACCACCUCUGAACUUGACUGGGUUGCCAGGCACAGAAAAACUCAAUGAACGAGAAAAAGAGCUUUGCCAGGUGGUGCGCCUUGUGCCCGGUGCGUACCUCGAGUACAAACAGGCCCUGCUGAACGAGUGCCAGCGUCAAGGAGGCCUCCGGCUGGCACAGGCACGCUCGCUUAUCAAAAUCGAUGUGAACAAAACCCGCAAAAUCUACGACUUUCUCAUAAAGGAGGGCUACAUUAACAAAGUUUAAGUGUGGAUGCAGCAGGACUGCCGUGUACAUGUCUGGUGACAGAGGGGUGGACAUGCCCACAUUCUGCAUCAGCACUGAGUACUAUUACCUUCACAUUCUGUUUAUAGGUAUUAAUGAUAAACUGGUUUUUAUGUUGUUGCUAGGGAAUAAGUGUUUGGUACAGUGUUGUUCAUGAUAUGAAACUCCAACAAAAUAAAUAUGACAUUUGGAACUUUUUUAUUAAGGA